UGGCUCGAGCCGCGCGCAAGCGUUGCGCCGCGGAUGGCCACGUGCGAAUGAAGCUGCUGGCGGCUUUCUGGGCCCAUGGCUUGGCUUCCAAGGUGCCGCAAGCGAAGCUCUUAGAGCUGGACGGAGGACUCCGACUUCGAGGAAAGAAGGUCAGCGGCGAUCCCACUUUCGCGACGUUGGAUUCGGACAUCUACCCGGUGGCGCCGCAAGACGAAAUCGCCUCAGGUGUCGCGGCGGCUGCAGCAUGGACACCUCCAGGUAGCUCGCUCCCUCGCUACCAGCGGAAGGAGUCGCAGGCUGCCAACGCCUUCCCCGAGACCGCCUUCCAGGCGGCUCCGAAGCCACUGCGUGGCCAACACAUGGAGUGCCACGACUCUCCACAUGGGUGGCAGGAUGCCAAUGGCAACAGCUGCUACCAGUACGAGAAAGGCGAUUGGUGCACUAGCAGCGGGCAGGGCGCUGGAUGGAAAGACUCCUGGGGCUCCUUUCUGGAGUGGUCCAAAGCGAGCAAUGGUCUACAGGCUUGCUGCGCUUGCGGCGGCGGUCUGAAGUUCCUGGCCGCCGAGGACAGCGCGCCCCUGGCGGCAAGGCGCCUCCAAGCGCCGGAGGAUGGCUCUGAUCCGGCGGAGGAGUUUAUGGAGGCGGCCCCUGUCACGGCGCCUUUGGACAGCAUUCCCGCGAAGUUUGCGCACUACCUCACCGCGGCAGAGACCCAAAGGCGCUCGCCGGACGUGCUGGGCCUUUCUGUGCGCUUCUACAAGGCCGAGCCUUUUGACUGCGGCCCAGCACCGGUGUCCUCCGCCAUCGACCGAUCGCUGGACUACCGCAUGGGGGCCACCGGCGGCUUCCAGCGGUUUUUGCAGCAUCACGCCAAGCACGCGGAGCCCGGGGGUUUCUUCUACGGCAAGUGGACAGGGACCAUCAACAUUCUCCAGAGGGGCAAGUACAUCUUUGAUCUCGACCUGGGCUUCGACACCGCUAGUUCCAUCAAGAUUGACGGCAAGGAGCUACUGACUUUCGGCCAGUGCCGGGCUGCCAAGGAGGAGUUCGCCUGCAGCCUCAAGCGCUGCCUGUGGAAGGACGCCUGCGUACCGCCAGGUGGUGCGUCGAGUGCCCCGGCCGCGUCGCCGGGGCCAGCCCCGGGGCUUGCACCGGCGCCGGCGCUGGCGGCGUCGCCGGAGGCGCCGCAGGCGCCGCAGGCGCCGGAGGCGGAGGCGCCGCGCCUGGCGUGGCCGCGGCUGGUGCCGGAGCGGCGCUCCGACGUCAUGAGCCCCUGGCACGGCGCGGCCCUGAUGCAAUCCCCCGCCCUGGCGCCCUCGCCCAUGCCGGACUUGCCGAGCUCGCCGGCGCCGGCGGGUCCGGCGCCGGCCGGCGCGCCCGCCAGUCCCCCCAUGGCCGCACCGGCGCCCGUUCCGGCGCCUGCCUUGGCCGCAACGCCCCCAGCGCCCGCGCCGGCGCCGGUGCCCCUCGACUCGCCGGCGCCCAGCCCCGCGACGGCGCCGGCGCCGGCGCCGGAGCUGCCGCCGGCGUUUGAGGAGCAAGAGCAGCCGGGCGAACUGUUCCUCAGCGAAGGCGGGCAUUGCGUCGAGGUGGUGGUGAAAGCCGACUCCAAUAGUCGGUCCUUGCAGCUUCGGUACAGCGGCCCAGACACCGACCAUGUGGACACGGUGGUGCCUGGGCAGGUCCUCUUCUGCGACCCGGUGGUGCCCGCUUGCACGCGCCCGGAGCUGCAGAGCUGCAAGCAGCCCAAGUGUGCAGCCGAAGCGGCUGCAUCGGGGCCUGCACCGGGGCCUGCGCCGGCGGCUGCGCUCGGGAAGGAGCCGGUGAUCCCCGCAGGUUGGCGAGUGGCCCAGAUGAUGGAGGCUCCCAUGGAGGCGCAGGCCGCACACUGAGAGAAGCAUCUCACACUGCGACGCUGGCUGAGAUGCCUGCGGGGAAACAGCCGCAUGAAGGUGUGUUUCUGCUGAGGGUACCUCGAUU